UCCAAAAGGUCGGAAUGUGGUCAUUCAGCUUCAGGACGGAAACUACGCUCCUAGACUUUAAUGGAAAUGCAUUAUCACUCGCUGUGUGAUUUGUUUCCUUGUGUGUCGUCACCUGCACACCUGUAGAGGAGGGAGGAGUCCGGACAGCAAGGUAUAAAAUAAAAAAGGGCGCAAACAGGCUGAAGAUGCAGGGAAGCUGCUGCGAGUCGAGAUAAAGUGCUUAACAUGGGUAACUGGAUUAUCAACAAUGGGCUCACAUCCUUCAUUAUGGUGGCCUGGAUGGGCAUCAACAUUUUUCUUUUCGUCUGGUUUUAUUUUUUCUACGAUUUGGGGGACGAGUUUUUCUACACGCGUCAUCUUCUCGGGUCUGCUUUGGCUUGGGCCAGAGCUCCUGCAGCUGUCCUCAACUUCAACUGUAUGCUGAUCCUCCUCCCGGUGUGCAGAAACCUGCUGUCUCUGAUCAGAGGCUCCUUCGUGUGUUGUGGCAGAUCAAUGAGGAAGCAGCUGGACAAAAAUUUAAGUUUCCACAAGCUGGCGGGAUACAUGAUCGGCCUGAUGACAGCUGUUCAUAUGAUCGCCCAUUUGUUGAACGUGGAGUGGUACAACAACAGCAGACGGGGGGUUUAUGACAAACUCAGCACCGCGCUGUCCAACCUGGAGGACACAGAAAACACCACCUACCUGAACCCGAUCCGAACAACAGACGUCGAUGCGCAGCAGACUCCAACCUACUUUGUCUUCACCACCAUUGCUGGUCUCACAGGGGUCAUCAUCACUCUGGCCCUCAUCCUCAUCAUCACCUCCUCCAUGGAGGUCAUCAGGCGCAGCUACUUCGAAGUCUUCUGGUACACGCACCAUCUGUUCAUCGUCUUCUACAUCGGUCUCGUCUUCCACGGAGCUGGGCGCAUCGUGAGGCGUCAAACGACAACGAAUCCGCCGCACAACUUCACCUUCUGUAAAAACCGCACUGAUGACUGGGGACGGAUUCCUGAGUGUCCCAUUCCUCAGUUUGCAGGAGGGUUUCCACAGACCUGGAUGUGGGUGAUCGGUCCGAUGUUUCUGUACCUCUGUGAACGUGUGCUACGUUUCAUUCGUUACAUGCAGACAGUCGGAUACAGGAAGAUCGUGAUGCGGCCGUCCAAGGUGCUGGAGCUGCAGCUGGUGAAGAGUGGCUUCAAAAUGGAGGUGGGUCAGUACGUCUUCCUCAACUGCCCAGCCAUCUCGCAGCUGGAGUGGCACCCGUUCACCAUGACCUCCGCCCCCGAAGAGGACUUCUUCAGCAUCCACAUCCGCUCAGCCGGGGACUGGACCGACAAGCUCAUCAGCAUUAUGCAGCAGCUGCCUGAAGGGGAACAGGGACCGAAAAUGGGAGUGGAUGGUCCCUUUGGCACAGCCAGCGAGGACGUAUUCGACUACGAGGUCAGCAUGCUGGUCGGUGCCGGCAUCGGGGUCACUCCCUUCGCCUCCAUCCUCAAAUCCAUCUGGUACAAAUUCAAAGACUCCAACCCGAAACUGCGCACCAGGAAGAUAUACUUCUAUUGGCUUUGCCGGGAAACACACGCCUUUGAGUGGUUCGCCGACCUCCUGCAGGUGCUUGAGAGAGAGAUGGAGGAGAGAGGCAUGGGGGACUUCCUCACCUACAAACUCUACCUGACCGGAUGGGAUCAAAGCCAUGCUACUCAUGCGAUGGUUCACUUUGAUGAGGAAACUGAUGUGGUCACCGGACUCAAACAGAAAACUCACUACGGCAGACCCCUCUGGGACAAGGAGUUCGAACAAGUCCGCAAAGAGAACCCAACGUCUGUGGUGGGAACCUUCCUAUGCGGGCCUGUAGCUCUGGCUAAAGUCUUGGAGAAGAAAUGUGCCAAAUACUCAGACGUGGAUCCUCGCAAGACCAAAUUUUACUUCAACAAGGAGAACUUCUGAGCAGAGGAACGACAGAAAGCUGCAUUUUUUUACUCAUGAAGGACAACACUUAGUGGGAAAUUUCUUUCACUGUGUUUUUAUCUUCAGACAACUGAUGAUGACGGAGAUGUGUUGCAACCUGCUGGGUGUGUUUUAAGACACUUUACUGCACACCUACACUGAUAAAAAAGAGUCAGAGAGGUCAUGUUGUUUUUAUCAGCACUACUCAGGGACUGACUUUAUCUCUUUUAACAUGAAGACAUGAAUCAUUCUGGCCUCAUGAGCCACAGUGUUUGUACUGUUUGAUUAUUUUAAGCUACAAUACUGCUGAAACCCCUCAGAGUUCCUCGUGGUUUGAGACUUGCACAAUAUUUGAGAUAUUUUUACUGUUACCGUGACAUCAGGACCUCAAAGGUUUUAAUCUUUUUUUUCAGGGCUGCAACUAACAAUUAUUUUCAUUAUGAAUUCAUCUAUUUUCUCAAGGUGAAGAAUAUUGAUCACUGGUUCCUAAAACCCAACAUGACGUCCUCAAAUGUCUGAGGAAACCAGAAAAUACAUUUGAGAAGCUGGAAUCACAGAAUUUGGGCUUUUUUU